AGCCGGACAGACAAGUCAAGAUUGAAGGCGUCUUCAAUAGCAAACAACCGCAAAGCUACGACAGUUUUAAUAUGACCGUUUAACCGGUCAGAACGCAUUUAUUUAUAAUAAUACUCCUCAGUUCUCGUUUAUAGAUUAAACUAUUGUGAUGUUUGGCAAAUUAAUUCUCAUCCCGAUUCUCUUAAUUGGGGCAUGUGCGGGCCAGGAUUAUGGCGAUCUCAUAGCUUCGAUUUUCAAUCAAUCUGCCGGUCUACCAACAGAUACAGGCGAUAUCGUUGAUACAAGUACAAAGCUUCCUCCCUUAGUCAUCAGUCCAACUCCACCAGCAAGACAAGUAGCAACAACAACACUUGCCCCGAUACCCCUUUCACCUGUCGGAGGUCACACAUACAAACCAUGCGGUGCUGGCAUGGAAUGUGUUCGUGAGUAUCUUUGCUCAAAUGGCAAAGUCAACAAGGAUGGUGCAACUUUAAUUGACAUUCGUAUUGAUGAUAAUUCAUGUCCGUUCUUGGAAACUUGUUGCGCUACUGGAGAUACUGUAUCUGAACCAAUUGUUAGACCAGUUGAUCCACCAGCCGGUUGUGGUUAUAGAAAUAUUGAAGGAAUUGGAUUCAAAAUCGAAGGUGCUGCUGACAGCGAAGCUGAAUUUGGUGAAUUCCCAUGGAUGGUGGCAAUUUUGCGCGAGGAAACAGCUAUUGACAAAGUUCUCAAUGUUUAUCAAUGUGGUGGUUCUUUGAUUGCACCAACUGUUGUCUUAACCGGAGCUCAUUGUGUUCAGGCUAGGAAAGCUAGUAACUUCAAAGUGCGAGCUGGUGAAUGGGAAACUAAUACAAAAACCGAAAUCUAUCCAGAUCAGGAUAGACAAGUUGUCGAAAUGAUUGUCCAUGAACACUACAACAAGGGCAGUUUGUAUAAUGAUAUCGCUCUUCUUAUCCUCGAGUCACCAUUCGAAGAGGCUCCCAAUGUAAAUACCGUCUGUCUGCCACCAGUAAAUACAAACUUUGAUAUGUCACGUUGCUUUGCCACAGGCUGGGGCAAGGAUCAAUUCCAGAAUGGAAAAUAUCAAAAUAUCUUGAAAAAGAUCGAUUUGCCAGUUGUUCCAAAUGGCAAGUGUCAAGAUAAUUUGAGAAAGACCCGUUUGGGUAAAUUCUUCGAACUUCAUUCUAGUUUUAUGUGUGCUGGUGGUGAACGUGGCAAGGAUACUUGCAAGGGAGACGGUGGUUCACCUUUGGUUUGCCCAAUGCCCAACAAUCCUAAUCGAUACUUCCAAGCUGGUAUUGUUGCAUGGGGUAUUGGAUGUGGUGAAGAAAAUGUGCCUGGCGUUUAUGCAAGUGUUCCACAGCUGCGUUCUUGGAUUGAUGAACAAUUAGGUUAUAAGAGGAUCGAUGCUAAAUCUUUUACACCAUAAAUGACAAAAGUUCGGAAGUGAUUAUUUUCAAACAUAAUGUGAAACAUUAAUAAAGUUUUAUUUUAAAAUUAAAA